UCGUUGUCAGUUUGACGCGCACAAGCGUGCUAUUCGUUUGGAGAGUGUUCUGUGUAACAAAUUUCUUAGUAAUUGUACAAUUUCUAAUUCCAUGUGCAUCGCGAAAUAAAUUAUUAAUGUUUGUAUAUAAAACGACGUGGCUUUGGAAAACAAAUGAAAAUCGUGAAAAUAAUAAAGAUUAUAGAAUCAUUUCUUAUUAUAAUCAUUGGUUAAUAGUGUUCGCGGAAUGUGAAUACGAGAUCGUUUUUUUUGCAAUUAUUUAGUCUUCGAAUGAUAGUUUGAAAAGGAAUAACCUCAAUUUAGAAAGAUUGUAGAUAUAUAUUUAGAAAUUUAUGUAAUUGUGAACGAUUGCAAGAUUUAUUGAAGAAUCAUGAGCGAUACACCAAGAGUGGAGUUUGCACUUGGAAGUGAAGUGUCGCUGGAACACUUCUUCAAAAGUAACUUCGCGCGUUCUUUUGUGACCAAUUGCCGUGACUCAAAAUCAUUGGAUUAUGAGCUUCUUGACAAUGCUUUUGAUAAAGAAAUAGAAACAAACACCAAAAACAAUAAUUUCUUUUCCCUCGUGAAUUUCGAAAAUAAAAUAACGAAUAUUGUGGACAAUAAACAUGUUUUUAAUAAGGACAAUAGCAACCUUCGAAGAACAAAAGAAAAUAUUCAAUGCUCUACGGAUAUUAAUGAAUUGGAGAAGCUAAGAAAACAAUGCCAAACACUGAUAGAAGAGAAUCAAAAAUUACAGAACGCUUUAACAAGCAAUCAAAUACCUCAUGUACAAGUGAUCGACAGUGUUUUCCUUCAGACACAGGUUGAAACAUUGCAAUGGCAGUUAAAACAGACAGAGGCGAAUAGACAAAUGUACCGUUCUUUAAUGGAGCAAGUGGUGCGUUUCUUAGAUCGGGCUCGCAAAAGCUUGGAUAUUCUUCAUGAGAAGAAUAAUCUCAAAGAUAAGAAUUCAAUGGGACGAGUUCCACGUAGCCGUAGUGUUCAUGCUGUUCAUGCGGAUUCCUCGCCGAAUCGCGCUGUUUCAGCAACAUCUUCUUCUCAUUUCAUGAGGGCGAAAUCAGUCACACAAAUCUCACCAUGUACCACGAGCUAUCGUGAAUUUACCUGGUCAAUGCUUCGUAGAAAUGAUCCGACACAUUGCACUCCUCCACGUAAUAAAUCUCAAGAUCUUAAUAAUUCUCAUGACGGUAUUAUUUAUAGAAGACCCAAACAAUCAGAGAUUGAUCCGAAUGAUGUACCACCUGAAAAAUUAUCUCAAGAAGCAUUCAGGUUAAUGAGGACCGUUCAAUCGUUGCUAUCAAUGAGAGAGCCCGAUCUUUUUAGGAUUCUGUCGAUAGAAAAUAAUUCUCCUUCGCCUAUAGAUCAUUAUCGUCAUAAUAAUCAUCACAACGAAAUAUCAUUAUCAUUGCAAAAUGGUAGUUUUAUAAAUUCCACGAGUUUACGGGAAGAUGACACCUAUAAUAAACGUUCCAAUUGCAAUCAUGGAAAUGAAUUGAACAAUACUGAUAAUGAUAAUAGAAUCUGUUUUUUUAAAUCAUCAUCGAACAUUACAGAAAUUGAUCAAAAUUUGCAGAAUCUUCUUCCUGGUAUUAGAAGAUCUCUCGAUGCCACUUCACUUAAUUCAGGAAGUAGUAAAACCACUGAAGAAGAGGAUGUACUUUCAAAUAAUAAUAAUUGCUUUAAUGUUUCUAUGCCAAAUGAUCAUAUUUUCUCAUGUACGCCAACAUCGACGCCAAAUAAGCAUGAUAGAAAAGCAGAAAAGGAGAAUGACAAGUCUUCGAAAUCAAAGCCAGCUGCUAGUGUAAGCAGUGUUGAAGAUGAAAGUGGAUUUUCUUCCAUGAGUUCUUUUCAAGAAAUUGGUUUACCUAAUGCAUUAUCAAUUUCUCCUAUAAAAGGUUAUCAGGAAGUGGGUUUACCUGAGAUAUCUGUAGAAAAAGCCAGGCAUCGUAGAUGGUCGUCAACUCCAGCUGAAAUCCAAGCUCUUUUUAAUAAACAGCGUAAUAGUUUUAUCUCCCAAACUGCCACCGAAUCUUUAAGUGUUUGGGUUUAAAUGAUUCUACGAGCGAUAUACAUACUUUCUAAACGAGAUAGCUCUGGUGAAUGUACUUCUGGUACGUUAAAAUGUGAACGAACAGAUGAUCAAACAUAGAUAGUACAAUAGUAUUUAUAUAACGUAAUUCUUUUUCUUCUUCUCUUUUCUUUUAGAAAAAAAUUCUUCAUUCAAUUUAUAUCUUAUUUGUUUUUUUUUUUCAGUAAAUUUUAACUUUCAAAAAAAAAAAAAAAUUUUAAAACAAUUUAGGAUAAUUGAUAAAAAAUAAUAUAAACAAUUAAUAUAUUAUUUUAAAAUAUUUUUCCAUUUCUCAUUUAUUUAAUAUUGAUUUUUUAAGUUUGAUGCAAUAAGAAAAGAAAAACAAAUUUUAUCAGAGCUUUGUUAGAAGGUUAAUAUGUAUGUAAGUAUAGUUAGUAUUUUUACAUUUAAUACAUUUAAUUUAAUAGGAGAAAUGUACAUAAUUCUUGAUAGUUAUGUGCAAAAUAUUUUAUAAAAAAUAUCUUUAACAUUUGUAUUAUCAAAAAUAGUUGACAAACAUAUCAAAUAUUAAUAUGUUAUAUUAAUAUUAUACUUUUUAGAUACUUAAAAAUAUGUCAAACAAUUUCAAUUUCCACAACAGUGUUCAAUUUUGUACUUAAAAGUAUUAUUAUCACACAAGUCAUUAAAAGUGUACUCUGUUUUUGUUUUCAUGAAUUUGUAUAUAAAGCAUGAUAUAAGUAUAGUAAACUAUUGAGCAUUCAAUGUUUUGAAAGUUUUUUUUUUUAACCAUAAAACAAUUAUUUGUAAUCAUAUAAUUAUUAGAUUUUUAUUUAUUAUCAUUUAUAACUGCUUUGAUAAUUCUGAUCUGUUUCAAAUAUGUAUUUCUCAAUUUAAUUUUCAUUUCAUGUGACAGAUCAAUUUGAUCAACAAUAUAUUUAUUAAUUCUAAUAAUUUUACAUUUUUUCUGUAAUUCUUAUACAUCUUAUUUUCAUUAUUUAGCAACAAAUCUAUCAUUAUUUUUUGUUAUGUACAGCGUAUAUCAAAAAAUUAUCUAAAAUUAUUUACAUUCUGUAAGAUGUAUUGCAAUCAAUUAUAAUCAAUUGUUUAUUGUUAACAAUCUACAAAUAAUAAAAAAGAAUCUCUUUAAAUUCAAAAAGAAAAAUGAAUGAUAUCCUUUUUGAUUUGAAUCACAAUUAACACUGAAUUAACAAAUUCACAAAGAAAAUCUAAUAGAAAAAAAAUAAGAAAAAUUAUGUAUCGUUUAUAUCAUCGUACUUGAAAGUUUGCAUUCGUAUAAUUUGAAAUAAUAAAAAAGAAAAAAAACAUAGCAAGAUUGAAGAUUUCACGAAAACUGCUGAUGAUGGUCAAGAAACCAUGUUAUAAAGAAGGGGGAGGGCGGAUGAAUGCGCGCGCAUCGCGAUAAGGCAGAAGUACAGACAGUGUUCGUUAUCAGAACGGCAGGCGUCGUUCACUUGUUCGCGAGUCGGUCCAGAGGGUAGCCAGGAGAUUGCGCCACUAACCGAUCCACUUUUAGAUUGAUUUUCAAGAACACCGUGCACUGGGUAGCGCUCCGCGUUUAUUUUAACGUGGCCAGAGUGUUCGAACGGGCCGCGACCGUCUCGGGUGAUAG